AUGGCAUCUUCAAGUUCACUGACCACCACUCACCUCCCUCGUCUACGCGAUGAGCUUGCGCAAUGGAGAGCCGAACAGCCAACAGACUCAGGCUUCAAGUCUUCCCUAGAGGACAUCUCCAACAAACUCACGAACUUAAACAGUUUGACCGUCGCACCCAACAAAGAUAUAUUUGUGGCGUUUCGAACGCGCCCUCCGGUCGACGAGGAAGCAAACAAAAAAUUCGCGCUCCCACAAAGCGCAGAAGAAAGCAACAGCGAUACGACGAAUGCAAGCAACAGUGGCAACGCCACAGUGCAAGGAUCAGCCUUCUGCUAUGGUAUUACCGCCACCAGCGCAGAACCCGGUAAGAUGGCAGCACACGUCCCUGGCAUGAAGACAGGCUCAGGAAAGACGUACACGAUGGAGGCGAUCGAACAUCGCGUCGCUCGGGACUUGUUCUUGGUUGCGCGAGCUAUGGGACGACGCCUGCUCGACGCUGGGCAGAAUUUUCCUAUCGAGUCUUCAAUGGACAUGACCGACAGUGACUUUUUCGAAUUCAGCGCGACUUGGCUAGAUUUGCUCGGUAAACACGCGGUAGACCUACUUGAGCCUGCAGGCGGUCUUCCAACAGACGCUCAAGGCAAUGUCGUUCGCAAGGACAUUUCAAUUCAGGAGAACAAGGCUGGUGACGUCCGUCCAGGCCUCAUAUCGACUCAGUUCAAGUCCUCCGACGAGCUUGAAAAGCUGAUCGUCACCGCACUAUCGCACAGGCGUACAUCCGCAACCGCACGCAACGCACGGUCCAGCCGUAGCCACGCCGUCGUCACCAUCAGGAUCAAGAAUAAAUUACUUCCCUAUGCGGACGAGGGAGAACUAAUUCUAGUCGAUCUAGCCGGCAGUGAACGAUACGAGGACUCCAAGUUGCACGACAAGCAGCGCAUGAACGAGUCCCGUGAGAACAACAAGAGCCUGAUGAACCUGAAGGACUGUGUGCGCGCCAAGGCGAAAAUGGCGAACGAGGACGGCUUCGUGCACAUUCCCUGGAGGAUGAACAAGCUCACCAUGCUGCUCAAGCCAAUCUCUGACCCCGAAGCCCGACGUACGCCCCGCACGCUCGUCAUCGCGCACGUCUCGCCACAUAUUCAAGAUGCCACGCGCAGCUUCAACACGCUUGCCUACGCGGCACCCUUCCGCAUUGCGCCGCCACGCCCGCGCGGGUCCGCACCGUACGAUGCCGCAGACCCGCGCACGUGGGACACCGCGCACACCCGCGCGUGGCUCACGGACGAAUUCACGCAGCGCACCCGCACCCGCACCGUGGCGAACUAUAAGGUCCGCGCGAAGACCGCCGCGCGGCGCGGGCAGACGCUCCCUCCGCCUGGCCUUGGACCCGCCGCGAAGCCCGCGGUAGAUAUUGCGCGUCUGUGUCCCGAGAGCAUGACCGCGACGCACUUCGCGCGGAUGUACACCGUCGAGUUCGUGCAGCGCUGCCUUGAAGCGGCGAGCGAUAGCCCGGAGGCCACGCCAGACAUCCUGCGCAACGCGGCGGAGGACGUGAUGGGCACACUGACGUACCUCCUCCUGGCGGCGAAGACGCGGACGCGGAACUCGAUCAUGAAGAGCCGCAAGAAGCUUGCAUUGGACAGCACGUAUGAUGCGGAGAUUGCGGAGGCAGCGCAAUCCUUGGGCAGCAGCUGGGACGAGACCCUUCAGGCGGCAACAGUAGAAGCAGAACAACAGCACGUAGGGGUGUAUAAGACGCAGGCAGAGGUUAUCAAUCAGAUGAUGGACAGGUGGAAGGCUGGAAAUGCAAACGGGGAGCGAGUAUAA